AUGUGUCAAACGGAAUACGGCGGAAUUAAUAGUGAAAUAGAGUUCAACGUAUUUUCAGCUAUUUACGCCUUUUUUACAGACGAUCAAUGCGAAUUGGAAAAUUAUGAGGCCCCGAAUGGGGCUAAGCCUCAGCCAUACGAUAUGUGGGGCGUCGGUGUGUUCAUUUUCUCACAGAUAGUCGUCUGCCAAUUCACUACAGAAAACGUAACCCUCGAAGACACAACAGUGACUCCACACUACGCCCUCAGCACCGGCAUUGCGCCCGCCCCGAUUAUGUUACGCCUCGGCAACUCGACAAUCGACAGCACAAAGUCCUUCAAAGUCCCGCAACCGACCGAGGACACCGUUGGGCGACAGGUUGAUCGACAAGUUGUACCACACGUUGUAUCAGUCAAGUCAUACUUCGAUCACGAUCGGAAAUACGGGCCGACGUUUGAGGACGUCCCAGUCGGAAAUAUCACUAAGAUUACGGUGCAAUUGGGAGAGGAUGCCCAUCUCAAUUGCAGGAUCAGUCUCCUACAGGAUAAGACGGUAUCAUGGGUACGCCGUCGAGGCAGAGAGGAGAUACCUGAACUCUUGACAGUUGGCGCUGUCACUUACGCCGCUGAUAACCGGGUGACAGUGGCUCGGAGGUACCCUGGCAACUGGAAGCUCCUCGUGAGGGAAGUGAAGCCGGAGGACGAGGGAGUAUACGAAUGCCAGAUCUCCACACAUCCGCCUAGAGUCAGCAGAACUUAUCUGCACGUUAAUACCCCACAAGUGUGGGUCGUAGACGAAGCUGGAGCACCCCUUCUGGAGAAAUACUACGAAGCUGAGUCAACACUAGCCCUGGUCUGUCGAGCCCGCUACGUGGACACUCCGGCAGUACUCACUUGGCUACAUGAGGGAAAAGCUCUGAAUUCUGACACAUCAAGAGGUGGAAUAAGUGUAAAAACAGAGCAAGUGCCUGGAGGCGCCGAUAGUGUAUUGCGGCUUGCACGUGUGAAUAGCAGUGACGCGGGGAACUACACGUGCGCCGUCCGCGGAGCGAAGCUACACACUGUCGCUGUGCACGUUCUCAACGAAGAAAGCCUAGCCGAGCUGCACGCAGGGAAUUCAAUUCACAGACCGACUAAAGUCAUCGUAAUUACACUGUUAAUUAUAACAGUUAUUUUAUCACAGUCGCCGUUAUCCGCAGUCACGGUGACUUUCGUAACACUAGCACAUAACAUUAGGGUCCAAGGCCUUUUAAGUGAACAAUUCACGCAAAUUCUAUUGCCCACGUGA